AUGGACCAGCUGCCUCGAGACGUGCUAGCGGACGUCCUAGCCCUCCUGCCGCCGCGCACCCUCGCCGUGUCGCGCUGCGUCUGCAGGGAGUGGCGUGACGUCGUGGACGCGGACGCGCGCUGCCAGCUGCGCACGGACCUCCUCCCGGUCUCGGUGGCCGGCAUCUUCGUGAUCACGAACGAGUCUGAGUUCCCGGAAUUCUUCGUCCGUCCCUCGAUGGCGCGUAAGAUCGCCGGCGAUCUCGAAAGCUACCUGAAGAUGGACGAAGGCUAUGACGUCUACUCUCUCUCAGGCAUCUCGGAUUGCUGCAAUGGCGUCAUCCUGCUUGAUGAUCACCCAUGUUUUGAGGUGUUUUCGAUGAAAGGUCCACUUGAUUACAAGGACGAGUUAUCAGAGGAAUCACAAUGGCCGCCGUUAGAAUACAUGUUACGUGUUUACUCAUCUAACACACAGAGGUGGGAGGAAAGGCCUUUUCUCCGUGAGGAAGAACACACAGCAACUGCUGCCAACUUAUGGUCAAAAUUGGAUUGCGGACGAUGGCAUGCUGUCUACUGGCAUGGAGCACUCUACGUGUAUUGGAGGUUAACUUUCAUUACGAGGAUAAACGUGUCCACUAAUAAGUACCAAGUAAUUAACCUGCCGCCUGACAUUAACUCGACAAGGUAUCAUCAAUUCCGUCUUGAAAAGUCAGUGGGUGGGGUACAUUUUGCGGUGGCUUGUCAGCAGAGACUCCAAGUUUGGUUCCUGGAUGAGUCUGGUAGCAAGACGGAGUGGGUAUUGAAGCAUGUCACCAGGUACCCAUUCAGUCAUUAUCAUACUGAUAGGCCCUGGAUUUUACAAGAUGGUUCCUACGGCUACGAUGAUGAUCAAGAAGAAAACAACAAAGAACCAACAGCAGCGGAAAAUGAUUCUGAUUGGGACUCUGAUGCUGAUAAUGCCGCUGACAUUGAUCUUGACUCCUGCCCGUAUAUUGAAGUACUUGGAUUCCAUCCUUACAGAGAUAUUGUCUUCUUGGUUUUCUCGAGAAAAGUCAUGGCGUAUUAUUUUAAUAGCUCAAAGAUUCAACAUUUGGGGGAGCUGCUCAUCAGAUAUUGUUAUCAAGUCAUACGGGAGGGUUUCGUAUAUACACCUACUUGGAUUGGAGAGUUACCUGGAGCCAAUUAUCUAGUAAGAUCAAGAAACUCGUAUAGUAUAGAGGAAGAGGACUUGCUGCAUGGUAUAGAGGAUUAG